AUGUCAAUCUUUGCCGACGCGCAUGACCAUGACCGUGAUGAUCACGACGAAUCAGAGCGAAGCAGUCUGUCAGAAGUCCUCGAGGCCUCAGAGGACGGUUCCGUCUUUGCCCAUGCCGCCAUAGACGCCCUGUCAAGACCUCGAGCGGUUAACCUCCUUGAGGUUGUCAAGGCUCUCUCAUCCACAUCCUCAUCACACCCUCAGCUAUCUUCAUCAAGGAUCAGGUUUCUUCUUGAGCAAUCCGGAAUCGCCGACCCGGAAAUCCAGUCGGAAGCCUUUGAGCAGUAUGACGAGUCCGAGAGGAGGCACAUGUCCAACAUUGAGUGGCUCAUCAUCAGCAAAGCAACCGUGCAGACCUGCGGCCUCAUCCAGGCGACGCUUUUGGAUCAGAUCAUCCCAUUGAACAACGAAAUCUGGUACUGGGAAGAGGUCCUCAACUCGUACGUCUACAGCAGCAUCUACACCGUCCAGACGUCACCUAUUCGCCUAUGGGCACUCUAUCAGGAGAACAAGCACCGCAUGAAGCCGCUUAGUUCUUCACCUACCGAGAUGGCCAACUCGACCUGGGAGGGCAUCAAGGGUCCCUGGGUUCAAUUCUACGACAUCGUUCGCACCACUGUUCGCGAUCGGUCCAUGGUCGGUCUGCAAGGAAAGGUCCUGUCGCCCAUUUCGCAGGCACGCCGCGAGGCACGCAAGAAAAUCGCAACUCUCAAGAAGUUGAGAGAAAUGACUUCGACCGGUCUCGGCAUACUCGUUGACGAAGCCUUGGCGUUUGGCAUCGACCAGGACGAUGCCAAUAGUGAUGUCGAAAUCAACAGCCAUCUUGAUUGGAAGGGCGUUGUCUGCCGCAGCGUGGCGCUUAUGGAACAGGUCCUCCAAGACGUCCUCAAGCUUCGCUACAGCCUCGUGGAUUACGAAAAUGGAGUCUUCACCGGUGUGCAGGACGACCCCGAACUGUUCCAGACGGUCGACCACGACAACGCCUCUGACCAGGCGGCUGUCGUCACCCGCCGCCUAUUUCAGCUUCUCGAGACCACUCUGCCUGUUCACAACGACCAGCUGGCGCGCCUUGUGACAGAACAUGGCCGCCCCUCUGUCCUCGUUCGCUACUGGCUCCCCGCAACUGUCGCUGCGCUCUCCUCCACCACUGUUCUCCGCAUCCUAGUCAACAGGCAAGCCGAGCUCAUCGCAUGGGCUCAGGAUGCUGCUGCCACGGUCCGCGACUUCUGGGCCAACUGGAUCAUCGAGCCCACUCGCAAGGUUGUCCGCACCAUUCGCCAUGAUGAGACGAGCGAGAUCGCCAUCAUGAGCCGUGACAGUCUCAAGGCCGACCGUGAAAGUCUCGAGCGUAUGGUUGUCGACUUUGCCACAGACAACCCCCACUUUGCCAGCGCCAGUGGUGCCGCCUCGGGCCCAACCUCGGCCCUCACCGAAACCGACAUUGCCGCCAUCCGUGCCAAGGUGAACAAGGGCGACGUGACACCCGUACUCCGCGCCUACGAGCAGGAUCUGCGCAGUCCACUCAAGGGCGCCGUGCGCGGCGACCUCAUCCGUUCCCUCCUUAUCCAAGUGCAAAAGACAAAGGUUGACCUCGAGGUCGCCAUCUCCGGCAUUGACGCCCUUCUCAAGUCCCAGGAACUCGUCUUUGGUUUUGUCGGUCUGACACCGGGUAUUCUCGUUUCUAUCGGCGCACUCCAGUACCUUCGCGGUGUCCUCGGUGGACGGAAAGGCGCCCGCCACAGCAAGAAGGCGGGCAAGAGCGUGCGUGUACUGAGGAACAUCGACCGCAUCUUCUCAGAGGCCACGCCGACGGCGGAUAACGUCCUCACGUACCGUGACCACGGAUUGCUGCUGUGCGAAGUGCACGUGCUGCGGACACUGAUGCACAAAAUUCUGUCUCGGGAUGUGGAGAAGGAGUUCCUUGAGGACCUGGAGGACCUCUCGAAUCUGCGAGGGUUCCAAAUCCAGGUGCGCGCCUUGGACAGGAUCAAGUGGGCGUAUGCCAAGUGGCUGUCGUAG